AUGAGUUCUCAACUACUCUUCUCACUGGUCCUUCUUCAAGUAACUGCUCUCGGAGCUCUCGGUCAGCUCUGCAGACAAUGUCCCAACGUUACAGAUGUUGAGAACGAAAAUGUCAAGUUGAUCUUCAACAACACGAUCAAUGCGGAUGGCUGCAAAGAGGUCACCAUGACAUGCAUUGCUGUUAAACCAGAUUGCCCGGCUAGAGCUAGAAUUAUGACCAAGGAUACCAAAGAAGUUCUCAAGUCUAUCGUGGAUGAGGGGGGUACAGUUGCUGAUUUUGGCGCGAUUGUGUGCAAACAACAGUCCUCUACGUUAGCCGAAUACAAUUAUAAUGAAAAGCGGAACGUUGAAUUCACCUGCGUACCACUUUGCGAAAAAGAUGAAGACGAUGGUGCGGUGACCAUCGAGAAGACCACUGAAGAUUUUACGACUACUGUGGAGCCUACGACUACUGUAGAGCCCACCACAACCAUAGAACCCACAACCACAGUCGAGCCAACCACCACUGUAGAACCCACCACAACUGUUGAGCCCACAACCACAGUGGAGCCGACGACUACUGUUGAGCCCACAACAACCGUUGAACCAACAACCACUGUAGAGCCAACUACCACUGUAGAGCCUACGACUACUGUAGAACCCACGACUACCGUCGAACCCACGACCACUAUCGAACCCACGUCCACCAUUGAGUCCACGACCACCGUCGAGCCAACCACCACCGUUGAGCCUACGACUACUGCAGAACCGACGACUACUGUGGAGCCCACGACCACUCUCGAACCUUCUACCUCCACCGAGCCUUGCGUCACUACGGAGGCACCUACCACCACCCCGAAACCCACGACACGUGCCAACCGUGGAUGUCAUGUUCCUGGAGCCGAGAAGAAGUAA